CUAGAUGGCAGUAUUUACUUCUACCUCGGCAAUGAAUUAGGUAUCUUAACUCGGAAGCAAUUUGCCAGCACACUUGAGUCGAAUCCCAGCAUGCUCUCUGAAAAACACAAGUAACCGCCUCCUGGACAAAGGUCUUCAAAGACGGUCUUCACAGCACUCCUGAGGUAAAUUUUUCCUCCAUUCUUGUUCCUUUUCUUUACAAAUAAUAGACUCUUUCAUUUGAGAAUGGAUUCUGGCAGAUGAGAAUUGUCUGCACUCUGGCAGUUGGUGUGUGUGCUGUUAGCAUAAGUAGCUUUGAAUUAUCUCUGCCUUUAGAAAAAGGUUUUGCCAUGUGGAAAAUAAGUAAAGUAACCCAGUCAGAUGGGUGGCAUAUAAAUAAUAAGAGGAUUAUUGUUAUUGUGAAAUAAAGGACUCAAAGCAAAUGUCUAGCCAUAUGCUUAACCAAGGAAGUCCUAAUCCCGCUCCAUUCUGCCUUGGUCAGACCACACCUGGAGUACAGUGUCCAGUUCUGGGCAGCACAAUUUAAGAAGGAUGUUGACAAGCUGGAAUAUGUGCAAAGGAGGGAAGCCAUAUAUCUAAAGGACUGUCACAUGGAGGAUGAGACGAGCUUGUUUUCUCCUGCUCUGGAGGGUAGGACCCAAACCAAUGGAUUCAAGUUACCAGGAAGGAGAUUCCAACUCAACACCAGGAAUAACUUUCUGACAGCAAGAGCUGUUUCACAGUGAACAAGUCUCCCUUAGGAGGCUCUCCUUGCUUGGAGUCUCUGCUAUCCCUCAUACCGAGGAAACCAGACCUUCUGGAGCUUGUGGUGGCAUGCAACAAAUAAAUUAAAAGCAGUUGAUCAGCUCCUAGUUACGCAAAAACAAAACCCUGCAAAUAUAUUGAAAUAUGUGUGUAAUUGGCUCUACAACCAGCAUGAAAGAUAAUGUGCAUUUCUUGCAGCUGUUCCUCCUGUAGUUGGCGCUGGUGAAUCAGAUACCACAAUCUCUUUGAAUCACCUACAGGGGGCACGAUGGGCCGGCUGGAUGGGAAGGUAAUACUGAUGUCUGCUGCGGCACAAGGAAUUGGUCGAGCCACGGCUAUUGUAAGUCCGGGAACUCUUACUGGGUUUGCUUUGGGUUGGGUUUUGUACAAAUGCAUCUGCAAGCAGCCGUCACGAAAGUACUUGUGCUUGAAUGUAUUUAGAUAGUGGUGAGGACUUGAGCAGGAGAGUACCUAGGGCAGGGGUCAGCAAGGUUUACCUUGCCUGGGCCGGUUCACUGCCGCGGAGCCCCCUCCGUGGGCUGGAGUGAGAGUGCGUGCCCGCCAUUUUCUGCGUCUGUGCAGAUGCAAUUUCCGGCAUCCGUGUCUGUGCAGACAUGAUUUCCGGUGCCACAGAAGUGAGUCCCUAUGCCGCGCUGUGCCAGUUUAGCACAGCGCAUGGGGACUCGCUGAGUGGGCGGCUUGUGGGCCAUUUAAACGACCCCCGUGGGCUGCUUGUGGCCCAUGAGCCUUAGGUUGCCUACCCCUGACCUAGGGGUUGGCGCAGGCCAUGGGGGUGCAAAAAUCAUGCCUUUCCACUCUAGUUUGGAGUGGCUAGAAGGCCAUCUAUCUGUGUGUGUCAGGAGUUUAGCCUACACUCGAGUAGGACCCUGAACUGGACACAUGCCCGACUGGCAUGUUCCCUCCCUCCUGGUCGAUUGUUUGGGAGCUUCAUAAGCUUUCUUCAGCCCAAACAUCACAGCAACCGAUGCCAACCAACACCGGCACACUUAGGGAUCUGCAGAGUAUGCACAUCAUGCACGUGACAGACCUCAGCAAUUCAGCGUUUUGGCUAAUCUACUUUAUUUACAUAUAAACACACACGGCAUGGCUCCCUCUCUCUCUAGCAUCAGACAGCAAAGAGAAAAAGAACAAAGAACAAUAGUCCCACUUCACGGAACACAGUAACACAAACAUCCUGUCUCCAUCACUUCCCACUCUGUGGAGUCAAAAUAUACCACGUCAUGUGAAAGACAAAAAUCCCAUGACUGCAAUCGUGGAGCAGGAAUUCUAACAGUGUGCUCUCUUGACUGCCCCUCCGCUGCUCUGGGCAAGGCAUCCAGGCUCCUCUGGGUUCCUCGUUGGAGGCAUCCAGUCGCUGGCGUGGGCCAUCGCAGCAACUCUGCAGCAACCUCCCCAUCGCAGCAACUUUCCCAGUCUCUAUUAGAAGUGUGAGCGGUCCCACUUGGAAAGGGUGCAAGGGGUAUGGUGCCAAAUGCCAGUACAGCUUGCCAAGGGCACAAGGGAGCCUAGGUAAGCCUCCGCUCUGAGGGAGGGAAGAAAUCACAAAGGGGAAAUCUUCAAGCGAUCAGAGCUAGAGAGUGUAAACCAGGGAUGGGGAACCAGUGGCGCUACAGACACCAUUGGACUCCUGCUCUCAUCAGCCCAAACCAACCUGUCCAAUCAUAGAAUCACAGAAUUGUAGAGUUGUAAGAGACCCUGGGGGUCGUCUAGUUCAACCCCUUGCAAUGCAGGGAUGUCAGCUAAAGCAUCCAUGACAGAUGGUCUGUGAAAAUGCCUUCGUAUUUAGGAACAGAAUAUUCCAAAUACAAAAAUAUUUUAUUUAUUUCACAUAAUUUAUAUGCCACUUGAUUGUGACAACAACAAUAGAGGUUUGAUUGGACUAUAAAUGCAGUGAGAGGACGUGUCAUUUGAAUCCAAUUCUUUGAGAAAUCAGUCUUACCUAACUCUGUGUUUGAUGUUUUGAUGGCAGCUCCUCACAACAAUCAGAACAUUAUCAAACCAGCUAACUAUCCAUGGCAGCUAGGAGGCAGAGCCCAUGUUUUAAUCUGUUCAGAUAUUAACUACAUUUGGUUUGGUUUUGAAAGGCUUUUGCAAAGGAAGGAGCCAAGGUCAUUGCUACAGAUAUCAAUGAAUCCAAACUCAGAGAACUGGAAGCCUAUCCAGGUAUUUCUUUAGUUAUUUUGAGCCUGAGUCUGCUUCAGAUUUUGGAUGGAUUUGGGGAGUGGAGUAGAGUAGAGUAGAGCAGAACAGAAAUAUACCUUCUGAAAAGCAAUUGGGGUGGGGUGUCCAAUGCAUUUCACGUUUAAAGGUGAACUUACCUAAUUUGCAGAAUUUGAAACAAGAUGUCCAUUGAAAUCCGUGCUUCUCUGAAUUUUGCAGUGUAGUUCUCCAGCCAAGUAAUGUGUACAUAAAUACAUAUACUAGUGUAAAUGUGCACAUAUAAAUAUAUAUAAUAGUGAAAAUAACAUGCAAAAAUGCAUUUUAUUAGAAAAGGGAAGAGUGGAGCUCAAGGAGUUUUGAAUUAUUAUUUUUUUAAAAAAAUGCUUUGUGCAUCUGUAUCUAAUCUUGCCCCCUUCUAAAAUUGAUUUAUUGGUGUGUGUUUUUCUUUUUUGUAAGAAAAUAAUAAAAAUAAAAUCGGGAUUAAGGGGUGUUUUCAGGGCUGUGGAGGGUGUGUGUGCUGUGUCCCCUUGGUACAGUGGUGGAGGAAAUGCUCUGUGGUGGAGGGGGGACGACAAAAUUGUGGGGGUCAAGGAGGGCCGGAGGGGUGAGAAAUGUCCCUAUUUUCAUCUGAGGAAUACUGGAGGGUAUAAGUCAAUAUCUUUGUACUCUGUAAGGUUUGCUUCCAAGUAAAACAUGUGUUGUAGGUACCUUAUAAAAUUAGCCUUGAACACUGCUGGGCUUGCCAGCAAAUUCCCAAUCAAAUUCCCUUGCCUCUAAAAAUGAAAAAUAAAAGUCCUGACCUGCAUUGUUAACUGAACCCUUUCAGAGCAUUGCCUGGCUUCAGAUAAAUCCAAGUUUUGUAGCAAAGAAAUAAAGCUUAAUAGCACUUUCUGUCAUCUGUAUUACUCAGCAAUAAUGGUUUGAUUAUAGUUAUUAAGCUGCUGACACCUGGGUAGUGUUAAUUUUCUUUUGUUAAACUCUGAUGCGGAAAAACAACAACACUUUUUCUACUGAAGGAAAUUAUUCAUCAAGAUUCAGGUGGAGCUGUGUGCAUUAGGCCUAUAUUUACAGUGAUUUAAUAUACUUUGAGGACAGCUCACUGAUGGGGAUGAAAGCCACCCACAUAGAGCUGGGAGAAUUUCUGCGAAACAUGAUCACGCUGCCCCUGGAAGUCCUGUUGACUUUAAUGGAAAUAUAUUGACAUUCUAGCUCCUUUCGCAACUUCUCUUCUCAUGAAGUUGUCUUGGAAGAAGGGCAUGAAUAUGCCCACUGACCGCACUUCAUGCACAGAGCCAAGGGCCUGAAAAAGGGUGCUCCUCUCUGCAUACAAUCCUACACAAGUGAGUGCUUCAUGUGAUGGAGAACCCUGUACAACUGAGCUUCUAGCUCUGCAGAACACUUUGUUGUCGUUUAGUCGUGUCUGACUUUUCGUGACCCCAUGGACCAGAGCACGCCAGGCACUCCUGUCUUCCACUGUCUCCCGCAGUUUGGUCAGACUCAUGUUUGUAGCUUCGAGAACACUGUCCAACCAUCUCGUCCUCUGUCAUCCCCUUCUUGUGCCCUCCAUCUUUCCCAACAUCAGGGUUUUUUCCAGGGAGUCUUCUCUUCUCAUGAGGUGGCCAAAGUAUUGGAGCCUCAGCUUCACGAUCUGUCCUUCGAGUGAGCACUCAGGGCUGAUUUCCUUAAGAAUGGAGAGGUUUGAUCUUCUUGCAGCCCAUGGGACUCUCAAGAGUCUCCUCCAGCACCAUAAUUCAAAAGCAUCCAUUCUUCGGCGAUCAGCCUUCUUUAUGGUCCAGCUCUCACUUCCAUACAUCACUACUGGGAAAACCAUGGCUUUAACUAUAAGGUUCCUGGAGCAGGAACCGGCAAGCCAUUCCAGUAUCCCUGCCAAGAAAACUCCAUGGACAAAGGCAACAGGCAGAACACUUACAUGAAUUAAUUUGUAUGUGCAGAGUCGCUGACUGCACAGAUGUGUACAUGCAAGGUAAUCAUCCUUUAUCAUGAAAUCAAAACAAUAUUGCCUAUUCUGAUAUGCUGAUUUCCUCAACAGGCAUCCAGGUUCGUGUGCUGGAUGUCACCAACAAAGAACAAAUUGAAAAACUGGCCAAGGAAGUGAUGAGAAUUGACGUUCUAUGUAAUAUUGCAGGGUAAGCUGCCGUCGUGGGUUAAUUGCCUUUCCUUUUCAAUGUGCUUUUUAAAACAGAAGCACUGGGCUUUCAAACACCCCCACACUGUGCUUUGAAGUCCCAACAAUUGGAGCUUCAAAGCUCAGCACUGCCUGAUGUUACUAUGACCCUCGUGGUCCCUUCCAACUCAACGAUUCUAUGAAAAGUGGGCAAAGCGGCCCACCUUGACCCUGCAAGGGUGAGGAGAUGAGAGUUCAGCCCACUGACCAGGAAAAGAUAUAUCCACCCAGGUAUAUGGCUUUAGAAGCUUUGACAACAUAAGCAGCAUAAAAAUAACUAAAAUAAAAUAAAAGCCUGGACAACUUCAGCCGCUAAAGGUAUAUUUGAAAAGCCCUGAAAGCACAGGAAAACAACCUGUUGUUCCUUGUGUCUUUUAUGCCAGAUUUGUCAGUACGGGGACCAUUUUGGAAUGUGAGGAAAAAGACUGGGAUUUCACUAUGAACGUCAACGUUCGCAGUAUGUAUCUGAUGAUCAAAACAUUCCUGCCUAAGGUAAGGCCAGCAUGCUGUUCUCUUAUCCUUUAGAGGUGUAGCUCACUGUGUGCUCAGUAAAGGGCUGGUAAAAGUGGUGUAGGAGGAGGAUGAGCCAGGCUGAGAUAAUAUUUGCAACUUACAAUUCUCAGAGUGGUUUCACAAUCCAUCUCUCUUCCCAGGGAACUCUGGGAAUUGUAGCACUUGGGAGGGGGAUAUGAGUCUCCUAACAACUCUCAGAGCCUUUAGCAAACAAUACUUCCCAAGAUUUAUUGGGGAAAGCCAUGACUGUUUAACCUGGUAUGGUUCUGCUUUAAAUAUAUAGUGCAGAUGGGGCCUUAGUCUAACCUCCUCCUAAUAAUUUAAUACUUUUUUUUAGUUAUUUACUGUACCAUAAAAGGUAAAGGUAAAGGGACCCCUGACCACUAGGUCCAGUCAUGACCGACUCUGGGGUUGUGGCACUCAUCUCGCUUUAUUGGCCGAGGGAGCCGGCGUACAGCUUCCAGGUCAUGUGGCCAGCAUGACUAAGCUGCUUCUGGCGAUCCAGAGCCGCACACAGAAACGCCGUUUACCUUCCCGCCAGAGCGGUACCUAUUUAUCUACUUGCACUUUGAUGUGCUUUCAAACUGCUAGUUACCCACUAACAAUUUUUCUGAAGCAUUUCUUCUGGGGGCCCUCCACACUAGUGUUUUAUCGCAGGUGUGUUCUGCAACAUGGUUUUGACCAUUGUUCAUUACUGGUGGAUUAAUUCUGCUUUGGUGUGUGUUGUGAUCCUCCCCCAAUGCUAUCACAUUAUUGUUGUCCAGAGAGACUAUAGUGCAACCAAGGUGGGAAAUUCUUCCCCCCCCCGCCCCCCACCAAUCCCUCAGGACAUUUGUGACAUAAAAAGUGAGAGAAUUUCAGCAGGAAGUUGCAGGAUAUGCACUGAUGGGAAAUGAAGCAAUGUGACCGUCCCAAAACUUUUGCGGGUGCAAAGAGCAUUAAACAGAAUCACAUAGGACCAUCGUGAGCAAUGUAUGUGCAAAUGAAAGGAUGUUGGGGGGAGGGCCUUAAAGAAUUAUCCUGUCAUGGGACAGCUUAUCAUGCCAUCAGUUUUAAUGAAAUAAGGUGAGAGCAGAGAACCUCACUACGUAUUCCAUCGCUGGCCACGAGACUCGUGGCAUGAGACCAAGAGCAUAUAGAUCUUUCAUUUGCCCAUCAAAUAUGUGUUAAUCCUUCUAUGAUCUUUGUGUGUGAAGUUUUAAAGCAUCUGACAAAAGCUUUCUUUUUCAGUUCAAUUGCACCUUUUAAAAAAAGAAAAGAUAAACUACUUUUGUGAACCCAAAGUUCAAUUUAAUUGUUUAAAAUGACACAGUAUUACAUGAAUGUCUUGCUUACGGGCUUCCCAUAGGCUUCUUGUUGGCCACUGUGAGAACGGGAUGCUGACCUUGCCUGGCCUUUCUUUCCCCUGAUCCAGCAAAGCUUUUCUCAUAGUCAUCUGCUUGGUGUUCUUGUGGCGUCAAAACAUUUUGUGUUUGCAUUUUUCAAAUAGAUGCUGGCGGAAAAAUCUGGUAACAUCAUCAACAUGUCUUCUGUGGUAUCUAGUAUCAAAGGUCAGUAGCUUCGCAGUUUAAGCACAGCAAGGUUCAUGUCAUCCUUACCUUAUUUUACACAUAUUUUAAAAUGGACUGGUGCCUGUGAUAUAGGAUAUUUGGGGGCUAUGUCCUUCUGGUGUUCUGUUGGUCUAAUACCAAUCUAAGGGUCAUUUCACAUGAAUAUCUGUAUUCAUCUUGUCUGGUGGGGACUAUGUAUUCUUAGAUGCAAGUGACGGGUACCCAGUGCAAAAAAAGCCCCACAUUUUAUGAAGGUUUAUUACUGCAGGAACUAUUUGCUGUCUUUUAGCAUGUUAAAGAUUUGUUUCAAAAUGUUCCUAUGUAUUUUGAUUAUUGUGAGUUGCCAUGGGCUUCCUUGGAAUGGGGAAGCAGGUUAUAAAUUUGACAUGACAAAACAAAGUUUUCAGUAUGCAGGACAUGGCAUGCCGUUUCUUAUUUUAUUAUAUUAUUGACCUAUCAUAAACGUAUGUAGAAACUAAAAUGUUAACCACACAAACAAUAACAGAAUCAUACAGAGCAUAUUCAGUAUAUAAAAAAAAACACAAAUUACAGAGAUGUUGUUGCAUAUAGCCAAGUUUUUAAGAUGAGUCUAUAUAGCCCAGCCACAAUGAGGAGUGCCAUUUCUGACCUUUUAUAAAGGAAGCUGUUGUCAGCUUUAGGGCAGCUCCAUGAAUACUUGGUGUGCCACAUCCAUUACAUUUUGAUGGCUAGAGUGGCUUCUUAGAGCCAAGGCUGCACUCUGGGAAACAUCUGCCUCUGCUUAACACUUGUACCAUGGCAAGCAUCACUAGGUGUGUCCAAGAUGGUGUUGAUAAUAAUAUAUAAUAAUAAUUAUUUAUUAUUUAUACCCCACCCAUCUGGCUGGGUUUCCCCAGCCACUCUGGGCAGCUUCCAACAGAAUAUUAAAAUACAAUAGUCUAGUAAACAUUAAAAGCUUCCCUAAACAGGGCUGCCUUCAGAUGUCUUCUAAAAGUCUGGUAGUUGUUUUUCUCUUUGACAUCUGGUGGGAGGGCAUUCCACAGGGCGGGUGCCACUACCGAGAAGGCCCUCUGCCUGGUUCCCUGUAAUUUCUCUUCUCACAGCGAGGGAACCACCAGAAGGCCCUCAGCACUGGACCUCAGUGUCUGGGCAGAACGAUGGGGGUGGAGAUGCUCCUUCAGGUAUACUGGACCAAGGCCGUUUAGGGCUUUAAAGGUCAGCACCAACACUUUGAAUUGUGCUCGGAAACGUACUGGGAGCCAGUGUAGGUCUUUCAAGACCGGUGUUAUGUGGUCUUGGCGGCCGCUCCCAGUCACCAGUCUAGCUGCCGCAUUCUGGGUUAGUUGUAGUUUCCAGGUCACUCCAGCUUCCAUUGUCUCUGCCCAUCAUCCAAGCUGGCUGGGGCUGAUGGGGGUUGUGGUCCAACCACAUGUGGAGGGCCACAGGUAUCUUACAGCCUUGCUUUUAUGGGUUGACCAGAGAGAGGCAAAACUGGGGUGACCUCCCAACAUCUGCGGGUAAUAGAAACCUUGGGUAGAAAUGGAACAGCUGGAGAAAUGGGGUCUAAAUAGUGCAUGGCAAUAUUCUCAGGGGCACAGAAUGCAAACACACACACACACACAAGCUUUCUUCUAUAGAAAUCGAUCUUUGUGCAAUAUGUUUUUAGAAGAGAACAGGGAAUAGAAGUUCAGCUCAUCACAAGACUAUUUAGAGACAGCCAAUGAGAAGGCAGAAUGAAGGCUAUAUAGAAAUGCAAAAUGAGCUUUUGCAUUCUUUGGUAUGAUUUGAUUUCCUGAUUCCCACCCUGAUCUCUUUCUUAGGAGCUGUUAAGAGGUGUGUCUAUGGUACCUCAAAGGCAGCAGUUAUUGGACUUACCAAAUCCAUAGCUUCUGACUUCAUUGGGGAAGGAAUCAGAUGCAACUGUGUUUGUCCUGGUAAGAAACAUCCCACCAUCUUUGUUCUGUUUGCAAGUUCGUGCAAAGGCAUCUAAAGUUUACAUUUCAAGGGUGAAUCCCUCUGGGCUAUUUAUUAAAGUAACUAAUAUUUUCAGACAGAGGAGUUACCAUUUAAAUACAUAAUGCCAUUUAAUUAAUACAUGAGAGCCAGUGUGGUGUAGUGGUUAAGGGCAGUAGUCUCGUAAUCUGGGGAACUGGGUUCGCGUCUCCGCUCCUCCACAUGCAGCUGCUGGGUGACCUUGGGCCAGUCACACUUCUUUGAAGUCUCUCAGCCCCACUCACCUCACAGAGUGUUUGUUGUGGGGGAGGAAAGGAAAGGAGAAUGUUAGCCGCUUUGAGACUUCUUAAAGGGAGUGAAAGGCGGGAUAUCAAAUCCAAACUCUUCUUCUUCUUAAUGUUUGGGUAUUUUCUUAGGCACUAUUGACACUCCUUCUCUGCAGGAGAGAAUCCAGGGCAGCCCUGAUCCAGAACAGGUGGGCAAUACAAUUUCAUUUUUUGCAUUAUGACACACAAUCCGGCAGUGAUAAGUUAUUUAAAGCACCUUUGUUCUCCACAGGCUGCUUCAAAACAUUCAUUUUUCACCAUUUUGUACCCAGGAUUUAUAACAAGUCAAUAGAGUAAAAAGUAGAGUAAACUGUAAAAAGUAAGCAGAUCCUCCUCACCUCUGAAUGUAGGUAACUUAUUCACCGCAAGCCUUUUUUGCAGAAUGUAUUAAUUGGCUUUGUUUAGCCAUCAUAGUAACCUAUGGUUUAUUCAUAAACAGUACCGUAGUUGGUUGUAAUGGGAAUGAGCCUAGCCUACAUGAAGGCUUACAUUCCCCCCUCCUCUUGUUUCCAGGUUGCAUUAACUAUUGUUAAGCACUAAUAAACCAUAAUGAUUUUACUAUGAUUUGUUUGCAACAAGUCAACUUCAAACCAUGGUUUGUGAAGAUGGCUUGUUGCAAGCAAACCAUCGUUAAUAUUAGCCUGUUUUGUCAGAUAACACAACUGGCUGUGGUUAUUCAAAAGCAGAAAAGAAAGCUUUUGUCUGUAAGAGGAUUAUAAGGGAAGUUCGUGAGUCUGUGGCAGAGCUAGGCUUGCCUAAAUGCAACAACUGAGCUCACAACCCUAUCGUUUAGAAGGGGCAGAAUGCUCUGCUGCCUGUUGGCAGCUGUUGAAGUGCAGCCUCCUUUAUAAAUAUUGAUAUCUCUUGACCCCAUGUACAGGUUACCUUGGCAGUUAGAUGUCUCAAUUUGCCUUGGCUUUCCCCUCUAUUUUCUUUGAACAGUAUCUUGGGAACAACAUUCGCGUGGAAGUUUGAUACACUUCCAAACUAUUCUAAACGAUCUGGGUGUGGAUUUGAAGUAUCGCAUGAUGAAAAAUAACGCCAGGGGAAAGUCCUGUGUUUGAGAACCACGUCUAGGCUUAUUGAUGCAGUGAAUGUUUUUAUCUCUAGGCACUGAAAGACUUUAUGGCCAGGCAAAGGAUAGGUAGGUUUGGGACAGCUGAAGAAGUAGCCCACCUGUUUGUAUACCUGGCUUCCGACGAAGUAAGUACAAUGGGUCAGCCACAUAGCAGUACACCAGGUUGUCUGAAAUAGUACUUCUUUAACAGCUAGUGCCAACAGGCUUCUGUUUGCUGACACCUGAGAUAAUGUGUUUCCAGGACCCACCUUAUUCCCUUGACUGUAAUCGGUUUUAGCUGUUUCUAAUUCUGAAAUUUAAAUUAUUGCAACCCACCCUGGGAAUUGCUGCUGAAGGACAAGCAGUAGUAACAACAACAACAACAACAAUAUAGAACUGGGUGGGGGGCAGAACAAGCCACAGGCCCCAUUGCUCACCAGUCCUUGUUUGAGUGCUUUUGACUGGCUGGAAUGGUUCCUUGAAUUCUUAUUUGUCUAGAAGGAGGGUAGAGAGGGGUGUUUGUAUAGCAAACUAAUGGCACCAAGAUAAAGUGUUUGUUUGUUGUUCCAGCCACUCAGAACCUUUAAUUUGAAGCAAGUAAUGUUAGCGAGGUGGGGUUUUGAAUCCCAAACUGUGUCAGCGAGUCGGAGGGGUGGGCAGAGGAGGCUGGUGGGACAUGAUGGUCCAGGCAAAGGGGUCAGCGAUUUGUGGGGUUGUGCCACCCGUGAGGAAGGAGCCAGAGGAAAGAGCCUGGGCAGUCAGGGACCGGAGGAGAGGAGGUUGGGGGAGAGUUGCAGGAAGCCGAAGAGGGGGAAGAGGCAGCCCCAGAGAGAGAUGGACCAUUAGAAGUUCCUCCAUCUCCUCCCUCAAUGACUCCAAGGACAAGGAAGGGUUUGCUGUGACGGAAGCAGCUGGAGCUGCCACAGGAGCUGCCAGUUGCUUACGUGCACCAUGUCAGAUGUGGGUGUAUGUGGUUGUGUUGUUGCAUCCCUGGUGUGUCUCUUCCUUGCACCUUAGGAACAGAUGUAAUCAAAGUGCUUUGCCAGUAAAGAACUAUGCUUUCCAUUGCUUGUCCCCACCCGGGCUGGGUGUGCUCGGGACAAACUGUAGUUGCAAUCCCUACUAUUUAAGACCCUUGCACAAUUGUCUCAAACUCUUCCUCCCUCUGCUGCCUUGCCCCAUCCAGUGAGAGCCAAACUAAGCACAACAGAAUCAAUGCAAUGAGCAAUGCACUGAUGUUAAUGGAAGCUGGUGUCGUGACUGGGCCCAGUGCUAUCAAGUGAAGGCAGUGGAGCCUGCUCAUAAUCUAGCGGAUCCUGGGUCGUCUCAGUCCCAUCUGCACAAGGCCCCAUUUUGGGGAUUUUCACAGGCUAAGGUAAAGGGACUCCUGACCAUUAGGUCCAGUCGUGACCGACUCUGGGGUUGCAGCGCUCAUCUCGCUCUAUAGGCCGAGGGAGCCGGCGUACAGCUUCCGGGUCAUGUGGCCAGCAUGACUAAGCCGCUUCUGGCAAACCAGAGCAGCUCACGGAAAUGCCAUUUACCUUCCCGCCGGAGCGGUACCUAUUUAUCUACUUGCACUUUGACGUGCUUUCAAACUGCUAGGUUGGCUGGAGCAGGGACCAAGCAACGGGAGCUCACCCCGUCGCGGGGAUUCGAACCGCUGACCUUCUGAUCGGCAAGUCCUAGGCUCUGUGGUUUAACCCACAGCGCCACCUGCAUCCCUACUGCUGGCAAUCUACCUCCACUUCCAGCCCCGCCCAAACAGGAUUUAGAUUGUGGCCUUAAUCCUUUUACAAUUGUCAUUUAGUCAUAUGGAGUUCAAUCAGCUUCUGAAACAUUUCAUGUUGGUUGGGACCACUACAUUUAUAGUACUGUAUUUAUUGAGGACACAAUGACUUGAAUUAUGCUAUAUGCUCAAACUUUGUCCUUGCUUUCUUCAGUCAGCAUUCAUGACUGGCCGGGAGUACAUCAUUGAUGGAGGCUGGAGCAUGUGACCUGGUACCUGGAGAUUUCUGUUUGCAAAUGCUGAACGCCAGAACUCGCAACGGUUUUAAUGCCUAAAAUGAACAAUUUAAUCAACCGUCUAAUAGGUGCUAAUCCAGUCUUUCUCUACGCAAUGGAUUUGUUUUACAUUUUGUUUCUCGUUUAUCAUGACAUCUUCACUCCAGCUAUUGUGUCCACGUCAGUCAGAUGCAUGUAAUCCUAAAUUGCUAGGUGUGUGCACUCAUGCAUGCACAUAGUGGGAUGGGGGAGGAUCCAGAAGAGUGAGGUCAGAGGCAAAUAAGGAGCAUAAAGAACAAACGCUGCCAACUGCAUAAAGCAAAAAGUGUUAGUGAUGGCAACAGAAGCAUCCUGGCAUUAAUAAAAUGAUUAAUACAAGAGAUGGAAUCAAAAACUCUGAUCUCACUUCUAAGUCAUAGAAUUUGAUUUCCGAAUCUAUUGUAAUUCAACAUUUUUAUGCUGGAGCGUCCUUUGAUGAACUAUGUGGCCCUUUCAGUUCCACAAUUACGUGGUGUGCCUUUGUUCCAGAAUAGCUACAUGCUAUUACAAGUGCCUAAUAAAGUUAAUUCCACUACCAGUUAAAUGUAGUUCUUUUCAGUUCCAUGCAUGUGCGGGUACAACCCUGCUUCCUCUUGUAGAACACGGAGAGCCAUCGGAAUUAAGGAAGGCUGUGGAAAGUGAUGGCUAAAAACAGGCUUUUAAUAAUUGCUGGUUGGAAAUAAAAAGGAAGGCUUAAGCUGCU